CAUUAAUAAAAUAUAAUAAUAAUAUUAAUAGUUUAUUUUUUGAAUAUUAAUGCUUAAAAUCCGUUUAGGCGUCCGCAUAAACCGCAUAAUGUCCGCCUAAACACUGUUAUUCGCCCGAAUUAUAUAACUACGCAUAAAACACUGUAUAACAUAAAAACAGUACAGUUGGCUACCGUAUAGUGCAUAAACGCCGCCUAAGCGGGCGUAUAGACCGUAUUUUAGAACACCGAGUACUAGUAAAUUUGAUUUAAAAUAGUUUAUUUUAAUAAUUGCAUUUUAAUUAUACUACAAUUAUAGUUUAUAGUAACUUUUUUUGGCAAAUAGUUUAUAGUAACUUGAAUCUUAUCCAUCUGGUGUACUUAGAUUCUACUGGAGAAGCUUUUAACUUGAGAAAAAGAUUCCAAUCAAUAUUUUUCAAACUUUGAAUCUCAUCGCUAAAAUAUUUCUAUAAAUAAGGAAAAUCUCCAAAAAAACAUUUUAUAGUUCUAGUAACUUGGAAUCUUAUCCAUUUAUUACUAUACAAUUAGAUCUGAUAGAAGAAUCUUAUCAAAUUCUGAAUCUCAACCCUAGAUUAUUAAAGCCAUUUUAAAAAUAUAAAGAUGAUAAAUUUAAAAUGAUUUUGCAACAAUUAUACUAAUAUCUACAAUCAUAUAAAUACAUAAAAUAAGUAAAAAUAAUAUAAAUAAUAACAUUAAUAAAAUAUAAUAAAAUAUAAUAAUAAUAUUAAUAGUUUUUUUGAAUAUUAAUGCUUAAAAUCCGUUUAGGCAUCCGCAUAGACCGCAUAAUGUUUGCCUAAACACUGUUAUUCACCCGAAUGAUAUAACUCCGCAUAAAACACUGUAUAACAUAAAAAUAAUACAGUUGGCUACCGUAUAGCGCAUAAACGCCGCCUAGACGGGUGUAUAAACCAUAUUUUAGAACACUGAAUACUAGUAAAUUUGAUCUAAAAUAGUUUAUUUUAAUAAUUGCAUUUUAAUUGUACUACAAUUAUAGUUUAUAGUAACUUUUUUUGGCAAAUAGUUUUAUAGUAACUUGAAUCUUAUCCAUCUGGUGUACUUAGAUUCUACUAGAGAAGCUUUUAACUUGAAAAAAAGAUUCCAAUCAAUAUUUUUCAAACUUUGAAUCUCAUCCCUAAAAUAUUUCUAUAAAUAAGGAAAAUCUCCAAAAAAAACAUUUUAUAGUUUUAGUAACUUGAAAUCUUAUCCAUUUAUUACUAUACAAUUAGAUCUGAUAGAAGAAUCUUAUCAAAUUUUGAAUCUCAUCCCUAAAAUAUUUUUAUAAAUAUGGCCAAUAUCCAAAAAAACAUUUAUAGUUUUUAGUAACUUGGAAUCUUAUCCAUUUAUUACUAUACAAUAACUGAGAAAAGCUUCCAGUCAAGAUUUUUUAGAUUCUGUUUUUUUUCAGGAAUUUAAAACAAAUUUCAUCAUUGAUCUUAUUUGAUAAAUUUAUUUUUAUUAUGAUGAAUUGUUUGGCUAAAUUUUAUUGGUUAGCUGAGUUAUUAAGUAAAUUUGUUCAAUUUAGCAUAUUCUUCAUUUAUGGAUUAAGAUACAAUCAUACAACUGUGGCUCUUAGUCUUACUAAACAAUUGAAUAUAUCCAAUUUGUAUAUUAUCUUACUAAUAAUGGCAAGUGUAGAAAAAGACAAAACUAUCCUCUCUCCAUUUAACACCAAUUACUUUUCACCUUCCAACAGAUAACCAUUAAAAACUCAAAAGCAAAAAUCAUAUUCCUUGAAUAUUCUCUGAACUACGAAUAACACAAAUGUAUAAAUGAUUAAAAAAUAAUUUCACCAACAGCAACUGAGGGUAUAUGCGUCAAUAAACAGAACAUCCUAUAGGCCGACAUGUGUAGAUUAGCUUAGAUCAAGUACCUUUGUCCAAUCAGAUUACAUUUAGAUGCGUCCUUCCUUGUAUAAGAAGAAUCUGUGAGAGCUAAGUCUGAUUAUGUUAAAGAAUAUUUUGAGGGAAGUGAUAGUUGGUUGCGCCCUUCCUUCUUUUCUUUGCCGUGAUCGUCACUUUCUCUGUGUGUGGUUUCUCUUGUCUGCUGCUCUGGAAAUGAUGAACGCUGACGAGACAAAGAACGUGGAGAGCGACUACAUCAAGAUGCACCACAUGCACGGUGAGCUUUUGGAGAGUCAGUGUAGCUCGACGCUCGUUAAGCACAUCAAAGCUCCUCUUCAUCUCGUGUGGUCACUUGUGAGAAGAUUCGAUCAACCACAAAAAUACAAACCGUUUAUUAGUGGGUGUGUGGUCAAAGACAAGAAGCUGGAGAUUGGUUCAGUAAGAGAAGUAGAUGUGAGAUCUGGACUACCCGCUACUAAAAGCACCGAGAUAUUAGAGUUUCUCGACGACAACCAACAUGUCCUCAGCAUCAGAAUCGUCGGUGGCGAUCACAGACUCAAGAACUAUUCUUCAGUCAUUUCGUUACAUCCGGAGACCAUAGAAGCAAAAGCAGGGACAUUGGUCAUAGAGUCGUUUGUGGUGGACGUGCCUGAGGGUAACACAAAGGAAGAAACUUGCUUCUUCGUGGAGGCUCUGAUUCAAUGCAAUCUCAAAUCUUUAGCAUAUGUUUCUGAGAGUCUUGAAGCAGAAUCUAUAGCCCAAAUGGUAUGAUGACGACUCUAAGAAUAAUCUUUCAAAGGCAAAUAGUAUGGAGAAGCUUCCCAAAUGGGAAGGAGUCAUUUUCAUAUUCAAGAAGAUGAUCAAUUCGUUCUUUUACGUAUAGUGAUGUCAUUUAGUCUAUGCUUUUCUCUGUUUUCUGAAUUUCCGUUAAUUUUAUAAUUUGGAAUAAUUAAUUAUUUCUGGAAUUCUGCAAAAUGCCAUUUGAUCAUCUUUUCAUAAUAAAAUGUAGAUACAUAAUGUUUUAUGUUUCAUGACAAAUACAAUAAAAAUUAGAUACUUCAUGAAGAUAUUUUUAAAAAAAAUUCAUUUGGUACUUUUUAGUGUUUUCUUGUAAAUUUAAACAAUUUACAUAGUGACAAAAUAAAAUCUUCAACUUAGAUCGUUUUGUCGACCAUAGUCAAAAGUAUAUUAGCUAUUUUGAGUAAAGAAGAUCAACUGACAGGAGGAGGCAAUGGACAAUGGACAUUUCAAAAGUAUAUUUUGUCGUUUCCCUCUUCAUUUGUUGCUGUUGUAAUUUCUAUAAACCAAUGGACAUUUUUGACCAAAAAAAAACCAAUGGACAUUUUGUUGGAAGUCAAUUAUGGAUUUAUGGUAAUGGAGCUUUGUGGGGUUACCAUUUUGUUGUUUAAAUUUGUAGACAGCAUUGUUCUAAAAUACGCUAUUCGCUCUCUUUGCGGUGACGUAGUGCCUAACGCCUAACUGCUUAACUGUAUACUCGGACGCCUGAACGGACCUAUGCAGAUAUAUACUUUAAUAUAUAAUAUUAUAUUUAGUUAUAUAAUAUUACUAUUUAUCUAUAUAAAUAUACUUAUAAGUUAUAACUAGUAUCGUAAUCA